AUGGUAAAAAAGGGGAUAAAAGAUGACGAAGCAAAAGUUCUAGAUGACAAUAAAGGAGAGCAUAAAGUGGAUAUUAAAUCAUCAACACAUGAAAAAGUAAAUGACGAAGAGAGCGUCCAGAAUGACAGCCAAUGCAAAACAGAGAAUAUGAAACUUAACAUCUAUAGUUCCAGCCCUAAUGAUAUAGAACAUGUUGAUACAUCUUCUCAGGAAGAGAGUCGAGCAAUCGAAAACAGUUCAGGUACCGACAAAGACAAGGCACAGGAAGUCUGUACCUUAAGUAGCACAGUAACCAGCGUUACAAAGACUGAUAUUACAAGUAAAGAUGACAAAAAAGUGACAAGUGAAAAGGAACAAGAACGUUUGCCACUAGAAAUAAGUGAAGGUCCUUUUAGGAUCUCUACUUUAUUAGACAAUGUACCAUCGAACUUAACAUACACAUGUUGUGAAGCUUAUGAUAACCACAUAUUCUUGGGAACAACUACUGGCGACCUUCUGCACUAUUUUGAACUUGAACGUGGAAACUAUAUGCUUGUAUCCCGAACAAAAUUUGAUGCAGAAUCAAAUUCGAAGAUUGACAAAAUUCUGCUUUUACCCAAAGUAGAAGGUGCACUAAUAUUAUGCAAUAAUGAAUUGGUCUUGUUUAUUCUUCCGGAAUUUGCCCCAAGACCCAAUACAACAAGACUCACAGGCAUUAAUGAUGUUGUUAUCUGUAAUUUUUCCCGAAGCUCAAAGGCCUACAGAAUAUAUGCAUUUCACACAGAAGGGGUUAGAUUACUCAAAAUAUCCGCAAAUUCAUUGGUACUUUCCAAAAUCUUUAAUUUUAAACUAAUAGAUAAGGCUUGUGCUCAUGGAGAAACGUUAAUGAUUUCAAAAUUGAAUAAUUACGAACUCAUAAAUCUAAAAACGUCACAGGUAAUUCCUUUGUUUCGAAUAAGUGAAACUGAUGAAGAUCUGAAUCCUAUAAUUACGAACUUUAAUGAAGAAAAUGAAUUUCUGGUUUGUUCUGGAGGAGAUUCAUACGACAGUGGCGCCAUAGCCUUGGUAGUGAAUCAUCAUGGUGAUAUAAUAAAAGGAACAAUAGUGCUAAAAAAUUACCCAAGGAAUAUAAUUGUAGAGUUUCCCUACAUAAUUGCGGAGUCUGCGUUCCAAUCAGUCGACAUAUACUCUGCUUUGCCAAGCGAAGAAUCACAGUUAUUGCAAAGUGUAAUUAGCUCGAGUUCAGAUCUAAAAAUUUCAAAAUCAGACAAUAUAUUCACUAAUACCAAUAAUUCCGAAGAACUAAAAAAAGAACUAUUCAAUAAGUUGAAGUUAGAACCUCUAACACAUAGUGACAAUAAAUUUAGAAUAGAAAGAGAACGUGCUUUUAUUGAAGAAUCUUACGAAGAGAAGACUUCUUUAAUCAUUUACAAUAGCUUCGGGAUCCAUUUACUAGUCCCGACACCUAUGAUCUUGCGUUUUACAUCAUGUGAAGAAUAUGAAAUUGAUAAUAUCGAAGACCAACUGAAGAAGCUUGCAAAAAGGAAUUUAACAAAGUUUGAGAACAUCGAAUCAAAGUAUUUGAUGUCUCUUUUAUUGUUUCUAAUGAUGUUGCAUUACGAUCACAUAGAAGAUGAGGUAAUGAAGAAGUGGUGCGAUUUUUCUGACAAAAUUGACAUCAGAAUAUUAUUCUAUAUGUUUGGUUGGAAGGUUUAUAGCGAGAUCUGGUGUUUUCAUGGAUUAAUAGAUAUAGUUGAAAAGUUAAAAAGUUUGAAGUUAAAUAACAAAUGCGAAAAUAUCAUAAAAAUGAUAUUAAUGAUGAAACAUGAAUUAAAAAAAAGAGAUAAAACUGGACUUUUGGCAAGCGAUUUCAAUGAUAUAAUGAGAUCCAUAGAUAUAACUUUAUUCAAUUUGCGAUUAGAGGCAAACGAAGCUAUAACGAUAGAUAUGUUUGAGCGUGAAAGUUAUGACGAAAUUAUCAAAGAGAUUCAUUUACAUGGCGAUGAUUUUCCUGGAAAUAAAUUACUAAUCGAAAUAUAUAAAGUAAAGGGAGAAUAUCUGGAACCGCUAAGUCUUUUGAAAAAAGCUAAAAAUUAUGAAUCACUAGUUUCAUUCAUCGAAGAAAAUAUCAAAAAGCUACCUGAGGAAUAUGUCAAAGAUACACUAGCCGAUGACCUUAUUUUCGUUCUGAGAGAAAGUGACGCAAAUAAUAAGGAAAGUAUCACCAAACAAGUUCUCAAGGUACUAAACAUGGCCGGCGUAAAUAAGAAUGAGUUUUUAGACAGAAUACCGAAAGAGGACGUUUCGUUGAAGGUAUCAUUUAUAGAGGAACUCGGCGUUAAAAACAGUCGUGAUUCGAAAUUCCUCUUUGACUAUUAUUUGACAAAAUUACAAGAAAUAAUCAAUCAGAAUGAGAUAUGGUCAAUUAUUGACCAUUUCAUCGAAGAAUACAAGAAUGAUUUAGCUUAUGACAAGACAGAUAUAAUAAACUUUGUUAAUAUCAAAUUAAAGCAUAAUCUCGAAUGUGAAGGGUUCUCAAAACUUUUUAAAAAAUGCGAAAAUCUAAAAUCGGAAAAUGAAAAGGAUGAUGAAUUUAUCAAUUUCGUAUUUGAAGAAAUUUCUAAGAUCGAUAAAGAGCAUAUGUUAAGCUUGUUAUUUUUCUCUAUUGAUUUGAUAAAGUGGAUUUCUGCUGAAGAGUUGCUGAAAAUAUACCUCUCAUUCAAUGAUUUCAGAAACGUAGAAAAAUUUACGGGUAAGCAAAACUUGGUUAUGGUGAUGAAACAAUACUUAAGGAUAUCACCUUCCCUAAACCUUUCAGUUGAAUUAGUAACCAAUUUAUUGCGAAGAAAUUGCGAUCUUUUCAGUGACAUAGAUAUACAAUUAAUGGUCCUUGAAACUAUACCCUCUAUUUUUCCUAUUCAAUCAAUAUCCGAACUGCUCCUAAGUGUACUUUGUCAGUACAAAGAGAAGAAAGAGGAGUCUAAUUUACGGAAAUUCCUGCUGAAAAAUCAAAUAUCCAUUUCCAACGAAGUUAGUGGGAACUUUGAAAACCAAGAAUAA